CUCCUCCUCCUCCUCCUCCCUCCGCUUCCUCCUCCUCCUCCUCCUCCUCCUCCGACGCUGCUGCGCCUCUCAGGACCGACAGACACCGGGCGAACUGAGGGACUCACUCCGACGCACCUGAAGCGUCCGGAGGAUCAUACAUGGAUACUUGUUUCACUGUGGAUGAUAAUCGAUAAGUGAGGCUGAGAUGGUCCGGGCCUCUCGUCUCUCUCGUCCCGGGCUCUGCAGGUGUAAAAGCCAUGACAUUUCUCUGCGCGGCGGGAUGGACGGCUCCCCGCGGCUCCCGUCGUUAGUCCCCGUCCUCGUGUUUCCCUCCUGUGUCGGUGCUGCUGGUUCGUCCGUAACAGGAAGUGUUCUGAUCCAGCGCGCAGCAUGUCCGGAGAGAGCGAGCCGAGCCUGGGAGAGCUGCCCAUGGAGAGCUGGAUGUCUCACCUGCCAUGUGCUCUGUGGGACACCCCCCUGUACCACCUGGCCAUCCCGGGCAGCCACAAUGCAAUAACCUACUGUCUGGACAUGAACGACCGAUCCCCCGUUGACCUCACGCAGCCGGACAUGCUUCAGAAACUGGACAAAUACAUGAAACCUCUCAUUCGGCCCUUCGUGUACAAGUGGGCGGUAACCCAGGAGUUCACUAUAAAGCAUCAGCUGGACUGUGGCGUCCGGUACUGCGACCUGAGGAUCGCACACAGGCCCAACGACAGCUCCACCGAUCUCUACUUCUACCACGGCGUGUACACCACGCUCACUGUGGAGAUUGUUCUGAUGGAGAUAAGAGAGUGGCUGGACGCUCAUCCCAGAGAGGUGGUCAUCCUGUCCUUCAGCCACUUCCUCGGCCUGAGCCAGGAGCUCCACAUGCAGCUGCUCACGACCAUACGCAACGUAUUCACCUCCAAACUCUGUCCCAAGACGGAAGUGUUAACUCUUCGAAACCUGUGGGCUUUAGGCUGCUCGGUGAUUGUGUCCUAUGAACACAGUAUCGCCGGCUGUCACAGCGACCUGUGGCCUCAUAUUCCUUACUGGUGGGCCAACAAAUGCAAAGCUGAGGCUCUGAUCGAGGCGUUUGAACACAGGAAGCAACACGGCAGACCAGGAGGUUUCUUCGUCACGGGAAUUAAUCUGACGGAGGACCUGAAAUACAUCUGCACCCACCCGACAGAGUCGCUGAAGGACCUGGUGAUGUCCACGUACCCGACGCUGCUCGGCUGGGUGAAGGAGCAGACGCCCGGCUCCAGAGUCGGCUCGCUCAACAUCAUCGCCGGGGACUUUAUCACCGAGAGCCACUUUGUACCGACCGUCGUCAAACUGAAUGAGAAACUACUGAAAUGGUCCUCGUGACUUUCCACCGAGAAUUUGCAUUAUUCUACCUUUAAAAAAAAAAAAAAAGAAGAAAUGUGAAUCCCAGCAUGAAAUACACUCAAGCUUGUUUUUUUUUUUUUUAUAAUAGUUACAGAAAAAAAAGUACUUGAAUCAUUCAUCGUCAUGUGGAUGCACUUAUCGGAGGCAGUGAAAUGUACAUUUCAGUCUGGAAGCUGCUUGAAAAAAAAAAAAAAAAAAACAGACUUUCUGGUAUUUUCGACCUGCACUUGUUUGUUUACAUUCAGUUCACUAUAUAUGCAAUGUACUGUAUCGGUUGUCACGAAGCCGGCGAGGUGGCCGGUUUUAUGUUACGGUGACCAAAGCAAUAACUAUACACCUAAUCUCACUUUAACGUAGGCAUUUUAGAUAAGUAAGCACAAGCAAUGUAUUCAAACGAGCACACACUGUAUGACUGUAAUGUAGGUCACAGACUUUUAUAACUAAAGACUAUUAUAAGUCAUGACUAUAUUAAUCCAUAGAGAAUGUAGAGAAGACAUGAAACUUAUGCAAAACUGCAUGGAAACUUAUUUGCAUGAACCCAACCGUGACUGUUCUACUUCUAAUAUUCUUUCAGCCAAACAGGUCCGGCCUUGUUUUCAGAUGAUGCUGCACCGCUGUGCCUGUGGAGAUGAGCUUUUACAAUAAACAUGAGCAUUUUUAAGCAAA